AGCCUGUGUCUAAACUGAACACAAAACUUUGAUUGAAAUUUUAAUCAAUCGUGUCAUUACCUUUUCGCUUGAUUUCUAUUUCAGAGCAAUUUAGCUUAAUCUUCUUUUAAUUAUUGUUAUUUUCUUUUCUGUGUAUGUCUAAAUUUAGGUCUUAAAUUUAACCACUUUAUGCUAAGUCGGAAGUUUUUGCCAGUACAAUAAGUAAUGUCAACGAUAGAAGGACGGUGUUUGAUUGUUGCGACAUACUAAGAGGAAAUAAAUAUAUAAACAGUAUAGUGGUGAAAAUACAUACUAAUGAUCACGUGACGACGUAAGUGCCGGAAGCUAUGUUAGAAACUAGGCAUCACUGGCUACCCAUCAUCAUAGCAGUAUAUCUACCCGUGUCUUUCAUUAUCACAUACUCUAUAGCUGUAGGAAAUGAUCAUGUUGAACCCGUCUUCCCAUACAUCAGCGACACUGGAACCAGUUCCCCCGAAAGUUGUGUAUUUGGUCAGUUGCUUAACAUUGGUGCUGCUCUAGCGGGAAUCAUAAUUUAUACAAGAUAUAGACAAUGUUUGUAUCAUUUUGAGGGAAGCGGCAGACGAUGUUUGCUCUGUUUAAAUACCAUUGCAUUUAUUAUCGGAUUGCUUAAAAUAUUUGGUGUUAGCUUAGUUGGUAAUUUUCAGGAAACAAAUGUUUUAACCGUACAUCUGAUUGGUGCGUUCCUGGCGUUCGUGGUAGGCUUCUUUUACAUGGUGCUGCAGACGAUAAUUUCAUAUAAGUCUCAGUCUUUCAAUAUAGCCGGAAAUACUCUUUUUAUAACAAAGUUUAGGAUAUUACUGUGUAUUGCAGACUUUAUUUUACUUAUUAUGUUGGUGAUAGCGGCGGUAGUUGCAAAUUCCAAGGGUCCCGGGCCAGGUAAAGCUAAACAACACUGGUCCUCCGACGAACCUUAUCCGUUAUGACUCUUGUAGCAGGAGAGAAAGGUCCUGGACCAGGUAUAGAAAUAUAUGAUUGGACGUCAGAUCACCCGGUAUGUAUUAUCUUAUACCAAUAUUAGUUGGGAACAGGAAAUGCGUUUUCCUAUUCAUUGAAUAUGCUAAUGAUAUGAUUAAUAAUGAAAACAAUCAGUACAAAUAUACACAGUUUACCACCGAUUACAUGUUUUUUUCCUAGCUGUGCCCUUUACCAAUGUAAAUAUCUCCACUGUCACGCGAGUCAUGUUCUUGAUUGUUUUUAAUGUGUGAAUAUUCCGGAUGAGCUAUUUUUAGUCUGCAAUUAGUUUAUGGCAAAAAGGACAUUGUUUAUAAAUUCGUAAUUUAUGGAAGUUUUUUAAAUAAACAGCUUUGCUUAUAGUGUUGUUGAAUUGUAUAUGUACACAGCAAUACUUUGACUAUCUGUUGACAAUCUUUGAAGUUCGUUUUCUAUUUCGAAAGCACAUAUAAAAAUGUGAAAUAUCUUACAUUUAAAGUGUGAACAACAAAAAUAAUUCCGGUGCUAAGUUAUAUAAUAUAUAACCUUAUCCUAACUUUGUUACUAUAUGUGUACAUCAUUGUAAAUUUGCAUGAUACUAUUAAAACCAUCGUAUUUUAACACAUAUACUUUCGUACUUGAACAAAUAUAUUUUGCUUCUACAUAUACUACGGUAAGAAUAUAUAUGUACAUGUAUCAUUAUAAGUGAUAUAAUAAUAUAGUUAAACAUGUUAUAUUGAAAUACCAAUACUUUUUUGAUACGUUUUCUUUUUCUUUUGUAUUCGAUAUACAUUUAAGUGUAAAAGGAUUGUUUUAGCUUCUUUUUUGGGCCAAAGAAAAUGUGAAGCAGACAAAUACAAUUUGGAUAAUUUGUUAAAAUUUUAUAUGUUGAAACUUCGAAAACUCAUUCUAGGGUUAUGCAGAACAUCUGGUGGCGACGAUAUCAGAAUGGUUGGUCGCAUUUAUCACCGUGAUAUAUUUUGCCACGUUUUACAAAGAGUUCAAACAUUUCCGAAUGAAGGCACCGGAAGUCGUUUACUAUGAACAACAAC